CCAGUUAUUUUACAAUCCAUGAUGUUACUAUCGUUGUCAUUCUUUCCAGGAACAUUUGAAAACGUGUGAGUUUGUUGAAGUUCCAUGUCCAAAAGGCUGCAACCAAAAUGUGGAGAGAAAAGUUUUGGAGCAUCAUUUGAAGAAAGAAUGCUCAAAAAGAACAACCACCUGCCAACAUUGCAAGACUGAAGUGCAGCACAAGAAUUAUAAGGUACAUUGUGGCGUUAUUCUUGUUGUCUUGUUUACAUUUUCAUUGUGUUCACUUCAUUGUGUUCACUUAGCGGCAUCGACAAAUUAAAGCCGUGUGCAAAAUGGGACACAUUGUUGCGCAAGCACGCGUUUCUUUGUCGUUAUUCCCCGAUGGUAGGCAAACCAUUGUAUUACCCUUGGGAACCAAACGUGUUUUGUAUGUUUUUUGGAACAUUUGUACUUUGUCGGAAGCAAUUUUCUUACAACGAUAUUCUCAAGGGUGGGCAAAAAGGAACAUUCCAUGGGGCAUUAAAGUGUUUAAACCUUUUUGCGACAUGUUUAUUGCUGUACAAGAUGUAUAUUGUAAGCUAGGAAAAAACUCCUCAACCGCAGUUGGGAUUGGAAGCCACAGUCACCUAAAUACAAACGUUUACCAGGUCUGCAGCUAACGGAAAUCUGUUUGUAAGUGUAGAUAGAUGCAACAGUGUCAUAAUUUUUGAGAUUUAUAAGAUUUAAUCAUUCAUUUCCAAAAUUGCAAUAACAACUGAAUUGCUUUGGAAGUACAUAGUGUGAGAAUGAAAUAUUUGGUAUAUGCUAUAUUUGCAAGUAAAAAUAUACUACAACAGUAUGUAAUUAGAUAAAAAAAGUACUGUAACAACUGAGGGUUUAAUUGUUAUUAUGAACACGAGCAGCUGCAGGGACGAGACUGUUUGAAAAACGUUCAUUUCUACCUCUGGCCACUAGCAGGAGUUUUUGUUGGGUUGUUUUUUUUUUGGGGGGGGAGGGGGAGGACUAAGGCAUUCAGUUUUUGAGUGGGUAAAGAUUGCAAAGUACAGUUCUACGUUCGUAAAGAGUCGUUAAUUUUGCAUUCGACAAACAUCGUCAUAGUCAACACCUGGAAAGAUAAUUUUGAAUUUUUGAGUGCUCUCUUUUGGAUUUUCUCCACCUGAUCGUUGAGGUACUGGGGAAGGCUGUAAAUGCCAUACCUGACAAGCAUAUUCAACAAUAGAUCGCAUAUGUGUAUAGUAAACUGAGAUCAAGACGUCAGCAGAUAAAGCUUUUCUCUUGAGAAGGUGCAAACCGUACAAACGUUUCGCAGCUUUCUUACAAAUGUAAUCAAUGUGGCGAUUCCAUUUGAGAUCGUCUGAAACCACAACGCCCAACAAUUUUGCUUCAGAAACGUCUAACCUCUUGACCAUGGAUAGUAAUGGGAGCAUAAGAUGGGGUGAGAUUCGACAAGCAGACACGCAAUUCUUUGGUCUUUGAUACAUUUAAUUUCAAGUUGUUGACUAGAAACAACCGGUAAAUGGGAGGAGGAAAUUUUUGAGAUUAUUUCCCAAUGAAUAGGAUGUCCACAGUUUUAAUUGUUUCAUCAGACACUGCGAGGUCAUCAUGAUCAGGAAUAAGAGUGGGCCAAGUUUAUUUUCCUGUGCGUUUAUAUACUUCCACUCGGAAAAGAAGUGAUCAACACGAGUUUUCUGUUGUCUGUCUAUUAGGAAAUUCGCAAUCCAGUUGAGCAAUACAGGAUGAACCUCCAUGUCUUUCAACCAUGUCUUUCAAUUUAUUCAACAGAGUAUUAUGAUCUAAUCGGUCGAAGGCUUUGGAAAAGUCGAGUAGGCAGAUUCGUAUAACAUUACCCGAUUUGUCAACCGAUUCAUACCACUUGUGCACCAGAUAGAAGUGCCAUGUUAGUGCUUGGACCCUCUUACGAACCAAAUUGCAAGGUGUCAAUUUUAUCAGAUGCCAACAAGAUGACUUUGAAUAAAAAAAAAGAUAAAAGCUAUGUUAAUUACAGGAAAACGUCUAUCUGCAAAAAUGGAGACAAAAGAAUUGGACUUGCAAUAUGAACAAGUUUCAAGCGCGAAACUGCUUGGGUUACACAUGGACGAAGAACUGACAGUUAAUGAACAUGUCCAUGCUAUUUGUAAAAAACUAGCCAAACGUAUUGGAACCUUGAAACGUAUAAAGGACUGCUUGCCUGUGCAUCAAAGACUCCUUUAUUGCAAUCAUGUUUUUAAGCCCAUUAUGAUGUAUUGGAGUGCUGUGUGGACAAACUGUCGAAAAGACUAUCUGGAUAUGGUGCUUAAGUUACAAAAGAGAGCUGCGAGAGUUAUUUCAGUUAGACGCUCCUUAUAUGUCAUCGACAAUCCAACUCUUUAACUGGUUGAAAUGGCUCCCGUUUUAUGAAGAAAGUAAAGUAAAUAAAGCUUAAAUGGCGAGCAUAAAUGGCUUAAAUGCAUAUUAAGAGCAUAAAUGGCGAGACUGCUCCUUAUUUACGUGAAACAUUAAAAUUAAAUCGUGAGCAACAUUGCAGAAAUACAAGAUACGCCGAAGUUAACUUCAUCUGUCCAAAGUAUAAGAGGGAAACUGAAGGUGGUAGAACUUUUAGUGUAACCACAAUUAAAUUUUGGAAUUGUCUACCACUAAACUUAAGACGGCAUUUGAAUGUCCGUAUUUUUAAGAAUAAAUAUGUAGAAAUUUUACAUGCACACCAACAAUCUCUUAGCCAUUUGUAAUUGUAUUCAUAUAUACCGAAUCAUAAUUUUAAAGUAAAUUUGUAAAUAUAGUCAGAUAUAUACUGUAUUUAUAGUUUAAUUUGUGUACUUGUAUUAUAGAAUUUGUUGUAUUAUCGAAAUUGAGGGUACAAGUUUAUUAGUGCUUUUGUACUAUUACGUACUACCCUCUUGAAAUAAAGACUGUAACCUAAUAGUUUAUUAGAACUGUCUUGCAGUUAUAAAAAACUGAAUUAACGAGUACUUUUCAAUGGAUAGAAAUAAGUUAUAAAAUAGUACAUGAAUAUGCUUUAGAAUCUAGGCUAUUUACAAGAGUUAAAAUUAUUAGGCAUUUACCAAAAUAGUAAAUUUAAAUGAGCUUCAUGUUAUGCUCAUUAGCAAAUUCAUGUAUAUCAGAGACUGCAAAAUGAAGGAGGCUGAUAGAGUUCCUAGGAAUAAUCUCGAGGGCUGAAGUAUCAUCCACGAAUUUUGUACGAAAACGCCAAUUAGGCAGUAAGCUGUUUGUCAUGACCAUAAAAAGUACUACUCCGAGUUUAGUUCCUUGUGGUAUUCCUCCCUUCAGAGUUUGUCAUUGGGAAAGGAAACUUCCAAUUCUAACAGCCUGCCUAAAAUAAAAACGCUGAGAUCCAGAACAGCAAGGCAGGGUAAACCUGUAGCUUAUCCAGUUCUUUUAUUAAAAUAGAAUGAUCAAUUAGGUCAAAACCUUUUGAGAAGUCUGCGAAGAAGAUACGAGCACCAGCUUCGCCCCUGUCCAAUGCCUCAUGAAUUGUUUGCAUCAUGUAGAGAAGGGCAUCUGUUAUAGAGUGCCCUUUGCGGGCAUAUUGGCGAGGGUCGAUUUUACCUUCCAAGUCCCUUAAUAGUCUAGUGCAAGUAAAGCCUUCCAUAACUUUUGCCAUUGAAGAACUAAGCGAGAUUGGGCGGAUAUCAUUUUUAAUUGUUUGAGGAGGUGAUAUCUUCGGAACUGGAAUUACAAUAGAUGACUUAAGUGGAGAUGGAAUAUUCGCUUCUUUCAUUGACUGGUUGUAAAUAUUACGAAUGACUGGGGCCAAUUCAGGAGCAAACUUUUUCAGGAUUUUAUUCGGGAUAUUAUCAGGGCCAAUCGCCUUACUAAUUUGCAGCGAUGCUAAUGCUUUAAACACCUCACUUUCCGUAACCAAGAAUUCUUCUGGGAUUUCCAUAAGUGGAGUUGGUUGGCUCAGAGGGGUGAAGUGAUCUAGUCGUUCACUUUAUUAGCUAGGGAUUCUAUAUCCAUGUUGUUAUAAAGGAACUGGUGAUACCAUUCCUGUCGGACAGUUUGACCAGAUAGUUUUUUAAUCUCUUUCCACCACUUUACAGAGUUAACUCUAUUAACAUCUGCUACCUUACUAUGAAAGUAAUUGGAUUUCGCUGACUGGAUCGCACGUUGACCCUUAUUCCUCCAAAAAUUAAAGGCUUUAGAACUUUUUCCUUGUUGGAAUACGGAUUGGCGUCUAGAAAUCCACAGUUUUAUCUUAUUAGUAAUCCACGGUCGAUCUGUCGGAUGCUUUUUAAUCAUCUUCUGUGGGAGAAAGGUAUCAACGGGUUGGUCAAGCUCUGACAUAAAGAAGUCAAAUUUAUCUUUACUCGAACUUGCACUUGAUACCGAUGACCAGAUUUUUUCGGUUAUCUAUCGCCCAAAGGCACACCACGCAGAGUUCCGCAUAUCCCGGAUUGCAAUUUUAGUAAUAGUCUGUUUAGGCGAUAUUGCUAUAUCUGGUUUUGCUAAGAUCGUAUAGUGGUCAGACGAACCAACCUUUGGUAAUCUAGAUACUUCAAACAGCUUAGGUCUAUUUGUUAACAGCCAAUCCAAUACGGCAGAAUCUCUGGUUUUAAAAGAUAUAAGUUGUUUAAAAGAUGGUUCACCUGUGUGAUAUAUUUCAUUUUAAAACCUGUUGACGUGGGAUUAAAGUCACCAGUAAGUAAGACAAGAACGUUAGGUUCCUUAAAGAGUAAUGAGUCAAGGUUAUUCUGUACAUGGUUUCUAAGGACAACAUUCUCAGGUUCUUUAUUAGGUGUUGAGAAUGAUAUAUUACUCCUAGAAUAAUGGAUGUAAUUUCUCUUGGGAGUUUAUGUGGUCUUAAUGAAAUCCAAACUGAUUCUACAUCAGAUUGGUUACAUGAAUCCAGACGGUUACAAUCCGGUCUGACGAUUCAGCAGGAUAUGUUUCCAAUGCAACAUUUCUGUUAUCCAACCGGAUAAUGAAAACCUCGAUCCGGUGCACCUCUAUUCAAUGCUGUUUGUACAGGUUUUAAGGGGUUGGGUUAAAUUAAGAAACUAUAUAAAACGAGCCAUAAGAAGCACUUUAUUUCUGUUUUUUUAUUAAACCUAAUUCAGUUCUUUUACUGUAUUUCAGGAUCACUUGGGAAAAUGCCAAAAAGUUUCCGUUGCAUGUCCAGAUUGUAACAAGAAGAUGCUGCGAGAAAAGGUAUUUACUCUAUUGUGUGCAGUAUUACAGGGUGUACCGAAACAAAAUGCAAAAAUGUAAUAGCUAUAUGUUUCAACUACAGUAUUAAUCCCUGAGUCAACGGGGCUCCGCGCCGUUCCGGGUGUAAGCCCGGGGCGAGGGUAGUAAUUCCGCAUGGCAAUUUACCGUCGGGGAAAGGAAAGCAUCAGCGAAGUCCAUAGUUCAUCAAUAAUCGUGGGCACAUGGCUAUGGGUUACCGUGCGUGGAUGGUCAUCUUUACUAAUCAAUUGGUCAAAUUUAAAAUUUACAUUAUAACGACUGCAUGACGACAGCGAAUUUGCAAACAUUUCUUGAAAAUAUAUUUCAUUUUUGCAAGAAUUUGGAAAUUUCAAGAGCUUUUUGAGAAGAAAAAAGCCGAAACAAAGACGCCGAUGUUAGUGAAAGUAAGUUUGUUUUAAAUAUUGAUGCUUUAUAAUUGCUUUAAAAACUGAUCGUUGCGCACAAUGAAAAAAUACAGCACACAAUUUCAGCAAGGCAACGGUUCUGCAUGCAUGUAUUUUCUAGUCUAAGAGAUGAAUUUUGACGUUAAGAAUACAUAUUACAUAUGUUUUGAGGUAAAGCUUGUUUCACCCGAUGGACCAUUGAAAUCAAAUCGUGUGUAGGCCGAUAUAUCGAUAUCGAAAAAAAUAUUGAAAAGAUCGACUAUAUCGAAUUAUGCAAAUUAGAAAACGUAAUUUAUUCAUCUUAUACAUGUAUACCGCACCACAAACAGCAAAAACAAAGCUGCAUGAAACAUCAAAAAUGCAUCAAAUCCAAAUAGGACUUCGUUGAUUCGACAUUGUCUAGAAUAGUCAAAUGUGCAAUAUGGGCGCUGAAAGGAUGAUGGGAAUAAUCAUAGUUUUAAAUAAGUUUAGUAUAUUGGUAGCUUCAUGGGGAUACUUUCAGCGACAGCUCCCAGUGCAAAAUUAAUGUAGUUUUAGAAUAUUUACAACUUGUCGCGUGUAGCAUCACAAUAAAUAAAUAAAUUGUAUCAGUUCCACGAGGCACGACGUUUCUGAUGUGUUAGGCUUGUUUCAAACGUCACGUUACUCAUGUGCCGAACGCAUUAAAAACAGUAGAUAAUGAGAUGAAAUGCCUAUAUGCUAACUGUUUAUUUCGUUGUGUAAACCAUUAAAGCCAUCAGCUUUACAAAACAGAAAGUCGUCAUGCCAAAAUAAAAGCUCUUGCAAUUCAACAUUUAAUAAACGAGUUAAGAAGGGAAUGACAAGGAAUUGUUUAUCUCGUAAAAACGUUGUUCUAAUCCACAUUUUUUAGUAACGUGCCUGCUCUAGCCUAUGGCUGCUCUAGCCUAUGCCUGCUCUUGCUGUUGUAGGUUGUCUGCGACCCUAUACAUGCAGUUCUUGCCGUGUCUUUUUCAAUUUGAAACUUUACACUAUCCUUGGAUCCCUAGUUUCUUUUAUUAUUUGCGCAGGGGAGAGAGUUAGCCCAAUUCUUAAACAGUAUGUAUGCCUGAGAGGUGCGUGUUUAUCUAGAGCUUCCAGGUAGAGGGAUUGCCAUGUUCCAACAUACAUUAGGAUUGUCGUGCAAUGUUAUAGAUUCCCAAGGGAUCUGCGAAAUAUCGCGUAGAAAGUCUUCAGCAUUAAAAUUUUUAAAAUUCCGAACAAGUUUUAUGUUAUCUCGAGAUUUUGGAAGACUAAAUUUUCUUGCUACUUGAAUUCGCAAUUGCCUUCAUAAAAAUGUUUUCAAUACUUUACCGGACAAUAAUUGCCGAAAAAAAGGAGAUUAAUUUGUCUAGUUAAAACUUAUCGUUAUGCGAAAAAUGGAAUAACGAAUAUCGAUAUUUUUGAAAUAUCGAUAUUUUAUCGAAAAUAUCAAUAUAUCGCAUCAGCCUAAUCAUGCGUCAGUUGUGUUAAGUAUUAAUAGGUUCAUGACCUCUUAAUUUCAAGCAGCCAACAUUGGUUCUGAUAACUAAUUUUGAUCAUCCUAAUGUCAAAAUUCGUCCCUAAAGAUUACACUUUCGAUUCCCACCUAAAUUAGCUGUGUAAGAAUCUAUGUGUUUCACAAUAAACCGGCGGGUGCCCCGAGGUUUACCACCGAUUUCUUGGUUUAGUACUCGAAAUAUCAAUUUUGCUCUCUUUCCGUAAGCUUUCAAACAAACUUAUUUUUCCUCCGCCUGGUCUGCUUUAUUACGUAUAGCCUGGGGGUUUUUUUCGAAAACGACGUACUAUUUCGUUACACUGAUUUAGUUAUUUGCCAUCUUAAAUCUUCAAGUUAUCUCGAUUAUCUGUAGUUAAUUUGGAUGUCUUUAAGACUCCCCAGACCGUUCCCCUCCCCACAGUCGCCUACAUUAUUUAACAAUUAUUCGCCGAAGGCGAGGUGAUUAUCGGUGAAUAAAAACUGAGACGAAGUCGAGGUUUUUAUUCACGAUAAUCACUGAGCCUGAGGUGAAUAAUUGUUUUAGUAUAAUUUCAUAGGUGAUUAUUUAGAAAAAAAUAAAAAAUACACAUUUCUUCGUCAUUUAACCGACAAAACGGCUUCGGCCGCCAUUUUGAAAAUCGCUUAGGUGAUUAUCGCGUAAUAAUCACCUUAACGGCAACCAAUCAGCGUGGAGAAUUUUCAAUAAUCACCUAUGUAAUUAUACUAACAACACAUAGUUGCAUGAACCACUGAGUAUUUUUAUUAAAUUCAAAAGAACUAUAACUCAAUAACAUUUUGUAGCUUUAAUGAAUGAAUCUACGUUUCUACUAUAUUUUAGUCAUUUAAAAUCUGUCCUGACGAUGACUAAAAUAUAGUUGAAACUUACAGAUUCAUUAAAGCUACAAAAUUUUAUUCGGAGUUGCUGUUCUUUUGUAUUUUAUCAACACAGCUACCCACUUAGAAUAACUCUGAAAGCCCUGGCAACACACAGCUAUUGCAUUUUUUGGGCAACUGUUUCAGUGUAUUCUAUAUAUAAAGUUUUGAAUUUGAUUAUUUUGUUUUGUUUUCUUUUGUUUGAUACUAAGUAUGCAUCUUCAUUAGUGCAAAUCACAAGGUUUUAGAAAUAAAUUAAUAAAGUUGCGUGAUUUUGUAUUGUACACAAUCGGUUUUGUAUGUGCCUGUCUAGGAAAAAUAAAGCUGCCUUGUUAUUAGCGCAACUUAUAAAGUGUAAAACCCCCAAGAAAGAAAUCAAUGAAGAAAAUAUAAAAUUAUUACUUUAAUUUGUUCUAGUUAACUGCAGGUCAUGAAAAGGAAUGCCCUAAAGCUCAAGCUGUCUGUGAAUUCAAAGCCUAUGGAUGCAAAUGGACGGUAUGUUAAAUAUGCUAAUAUCCUUGUUCCUAAUUUUCUUACAAACUUAAUUAGAAGUUAAUAAAUUUAAAUUAUAAAAUCAUAUGUCUAAGUCACUACUGGCGAUGUUGGACCAUUCGUAAGUCUGUUGUGAUUCUUGUGUUACCAUAAGAUCACGGUUUCUAUUGUUGUUGCUGUAGGGUGUCAGACUUCAGCUCCAAAACCAUCUGAAGAACGAAGUCAGCAUGGCGACACAUUUGUCCUUGCUUUGUAAGGCUACAACUGUGCUUCUCCCAACCAACGGGCGAGAUAAGAAUAAAGACGGUGCAUCGAAAUCUGAAGCCAGUGGAAGUGGCAGCAGUGGAAAUGCUGCUGUAAGUGGAAAUGUCUUGGAAGAGUUAAAUCGUCAACGAAACAGAAAUGCAGAAAGUAUUGCAACUGUGGAAGCCAAGAUUGAACAAGUAGAACGAAAAACUCGCGAUCUUACAGGUGAGUGCCGUAGGUGCGAUGACAAUGUGAAUUAUAGCGCUUGGGCAAAGGUCAUUCCUGGGAUAAAAAUUGUAAAAUAACCGCGAACGAUUUCUUUGUGCAUGAACUUUUUGAUCAACAUGAAUAUACUCUGGCAAAGUACAAACCACAGAGUCGAAAUUCCGAAUGCAAUAAUUGUCACAUCGUGACUUUAGAAAAAAUGUGGUGUUAAUACGUUCAAGAGUUUCUAGAUUUUAGACAUUUUUCUCGAUGGACAAGAAUGUUGAAGGGUUUUCACAGAUGGAAAUGCCAGAGCGAUGCUAAUAUAUGCUGUAGGGAUAAAUAAUCAAAAUUUUGAGCAUCUCGAACGCAAUCUACUUAAUAUACCUGUACAUAUUGUAUCUGUACAUAACCGAGAGCAGUUUCAAAAUCCCACUGCUCGUAAAUGCUAACUUUUCAGGUUGUGUUUAGCCGGUUCGUUACCUGUUGAGAUUGUAGUUUACCUGAGUAUACGUCCAUUAUCCUCUAAGUACUGUGGGUUUUGCGCGUGCUGGCUAGCGCAAGUGAAAACCAUUGAAAAAGACGGGCCGACCAUUUUCAGUCAAUAUCUAAAAGGUACAUCCUAGAUGCAUCUAGAUUGAAUAUCUGUCCUUUGUUUGUCUGCCAUAUACAUUGGUCCGGCUUCACACAAAAUUGAGAGGAUUUUCAGGAAAGAAGGGGGUAUAAAGGUAUACCAUUCCAGUGAAAACAAAUUGUUUCUAGCUCUUUGCACACAUAAGGACAACGUGAGUGAAUCUCAGAAACCUGGUGUGUAUCGCAUUCCUUGUGAAUGUGGUCUGGUUUACAUUGGUGAAACUGGUCAAAAUCUUUCAAUACGUCUUAAGGAACAUAAGACGAAUUGCGAGAAGCCGGGCAAGAUAAAUCUGCUGUGGCUAACCAUACUUGGACUUACGACCAUCGUAUAAAAUGGGACGAAACAACCAUUUUGGGGGUUGAUAAUCAUGAGUUCUCUCGCAAAAUGAGAGAAUCAAUUGAAAUCGAGAAGCAGAAUACUAUAGAUCAGGGGGGAGCCACUAGAUAGUACGUGGCGUGCUCUCUUUAAUGUGCAAAAUUAAUUUCUCUUGUCUUGGAUGCACGCACGUUAAUUAGAAUCACCUCACUAGGUUUGAAAUGACGUGGUUGAUGUACCGUUUAAUUAAAUUUCAAAUGACGCGAGUCGACAGAUCACGACACCAAAUUUGAACUUCUGAGUGAUUGUCAAUUCGGUUUUCGUAAAUUUCACUCUACAGCUACAACAUUACUGCACUGUACAAAUGAUUGGUAUAUGAAUUUAGACCGCAAAAUGUUUAACCUAGUAGUCUUAAUUGACUUGAAAAAAGCAUUUGAUACUGUUGAUCAUCAAAUAUUAUUGAAAAAAUUAGAGCUUUAUGGAAUAAAAGGACAAGCUCUGUCUUUUCUAGAAUCAUAUCUCUCAAAUAGAAACCAAAAAUGCAAAUGCAAGGAUCUGUUUCAUGAGAGAAAUUUUUCUCUUAUAUAUUAAAGAUUUGCCUCAAUGCCCAGAUAAAACAAAACCUCGGUUGUUUGCUGACGAUACGAACCUGACAGUUUUUGGAGACUCUGUUACUGAUUUUGAAACUGCAGUGAAAAACUAAGGAAAUGGCCAAUUGCCAAUAAACUUAGUCUAAAUGUUGCUAAGACUGAGUUUAUGUUAAUUGGUUCAAAACAAAUGAUAAAAAGUAUUUCAAAUUUGCAACUAAAUGUGAAAAUUGAAAACGAGUCAAUUAAACAAGUUCAUGAAUCCAAAACUCUUGGAGUGACAAUUGACCAGCCUUUAUGUUGGAAACCUAACACUGAGAAUAUUUGCAAGAAAAUAACAUCCGGAAUAUCGGCUCUUAGGCGUUUAAAAUAAUUUGCUGAUAAGCAAACACUUCUUUCUGUAUAUAAUACUAUUGUUCGCCCAAAUUUUGAUUACUGCUGUGAAGUAUGGGAUGUGUUUGGAGAAACGCAAUAAAAAGAAGACUCCAAAAACUACAAAACAGAGCUGCUUGGACUAUUUUGAAUAUGAGCAAUGACAUAGAUCAUUCUGUUGCAUUGCAAGCAUUGGGUUGGAAGCCACUUAAAACAGAAAGGGAGAAAAGUAAAGCAAAAGUCAUGUACAAAUUAUUGAAUAAAAUGGGACCCAAAUCACUCACUAAUCUCUUCACAUAUAAGGGUGAGGUGACAAACUACAAACUUCGGAAUAUUUCAAGUAGCCUUUGUUUGCCACAACCGCGUACUAAUAAUAUGAAAAAAAAGUUUCGUGUAUGACGCGGAGCACACCUUUGGAAUUCUAUUCCUCAAGAAAUAAGAGAGAGCAAAUCCUUUUCUUCCUUUCGAAAGAAAAUCGCAACUCACAUUGAUUGAAAGCUAAUUGAAAACAUAUCUUACUUUGGUAUAAAAGGGCGUGUGUAUUGAACGAGUCACAUAUUAUUAGCGGAAGAUGUUAUUUCGCUGGCCUCAAAGUGACAAAACGUAACCAAGCAACUGGAUUACUAACACUAGCCCUAUUCCAACCACCAACUCUAACCCUAAUCCUAACCCCAACCCUAUUCCUAACCUAACCCUACUCCAAGUUUAUUUCUAAACCAAUCUUGAAGAAAAAAGUUUUAACGAAAUGUCAUUCUGAGUUCAGCGAAAUAGUAUUUUCCAUUAUUAGCACUGAUGAAGAUCCGGGCUUGCGGAUCGAAAGCUUUGCGGUAAUAAAUUUACGUGGUGUUUCCACAAACAAAAUAUAUGUUUUAGUUAUCGCUAUAAAUAUUGUUUAAAAAUAUCUUACAACGCUAGCCCUAUCAAUUAGAAACAAACAGUUUUCCAAUUUUCCAUUAGCGAAAUAUGAUCAUCAAUGGUCGCGGGCGUGGGUGACCGUGCGUGAGUGGUCAUCCUCACUGAUCUCAAAAUAUAGCGGACUGUCAUGAAUAGCGUACGCUGAUUGCUCAAUUUAAAAUUUGCAUUAUAACGACUGCAUGAGGACAGCGAAAUUGCAAACAUUUCUUGAUUUGAUAAUUUCUUGCAAAUAUAUUUCACUUGUCGGGAAGAUUUUGUUAAUUUCAAAAGCUUUUUGAGAAAAAAGGCAAAGAAGGGAGCAAAGGCGCCGACGUUAUAACGAAGGUAAGUUUUAAAUAUUGAUGUAUUGUUUGCUUUAUAUUAGCUAAUGCCGAGGCUAAUGCUUUAAAAGCUGAUCGUUGCGUAUAUUUUGAAUAAAAAAUGAGAGCAUAUAAUUUCAGUGUAUCUUUAUUAAUUAAUAGCCUUUUUUAUUAUAUUACAGUUUUAAAUAAAAAAGAAAGCAAAGUUAUUUGCAUGCGAGAAUUUGAAAUCAUUUUAUUACAAACUCAAAGUUUAUCGAUAAAUGCAGUUUAGUUUUAGAAAGAACAUUUUAAAACGUUUUGCGACUGGUUUUUCAAUUGUAGACUAUAAAUAUUCUUAAUGAAAUUAUCGUGUUACCAUGACAACUACUUUAAAUACUUUUUUCGGAAAAUACAAUGGUUUUGUCAACAAGGCGAGGGUUUUGCAUGCAUAUAUUUUCUAGUUAGAUCUUAAUAAACAUAAUCAUUCCAUUAGUUUUAUAAGGAGGAUGUUUUGAUUUAUUGUCGUUAUAUCAACUUAGGUCGUGUUGACAGGCAACAAAGGGAAAAUGAAGGAAGUAUGACUCUUUUGAAAAACACGGUGAUCGAACUGGAAGCGCGUAUGUGUAACGGAGUGUACUUGUGGAGAAUCACUGGAUACGCACGUCAUCUGGAGAAUGCACGUGACAAUGUCGUCACAGCGUUGCACAGUCCUCCAUUUUAUACCAACUUUUAUGGGUAUAAACUUUGCCUCAGGUACGUUGAUUUCUACUCCGUUCAAUGCAGGAAAAUGACAUCUGAAAGGAAAGAAUUUUACAUUACAAACUUUACUUUACGAGGAUUAGAUUUGACGAGAUUGAUAAGAGUUGCACCUCUCGCCUCGUGUUUGACUGCCAUAUUUCAUACACUGUCGUUAACUUUGAGCUGGUUGAAAUUUAACCGGUGUUGUGUAUUAGGUUGGCAGAUAACUACAAUUAGCAUAUAUACCAGAGGUGGAUAGUGCUUUUAAUGCAAUGUGAUUGGCUGCUCAGCUUCUACUAAACCGAACUGCGCUUUCCCAAACACAAAGAAAGUGACACAUUUUUGUUUUUAACAGUGUGAAGAGGUAUUCUUUAAAGCCAUUUUUAAUGAAUAGAUUUACUAUAAAAGUAUGUAUUAAAUCUGUUUUGUUUACAACCAUUACGGAAGCUGAAAUCGAAAUUGUUUUUCAAAUAUUUUCGUCGUUGCUUUUUGGUCAUUUUUGUUUUGUUGUGGUAUCCCAACACUUCGCGUUCCGGUGAAUAUCCUUGCACUAUUCACCUGCACUUCUGCGAAUAAGCUUUAUUCUCACUACAUACUUCAAACAAUUAUAUUUGUACUGUUCUUCCUUUUUGGUCCAGCACUUCUAUUUGCGAAUACCAAAUACAGGAAGACAACUUUAGCUGUUUUAUAUAAUCAGAACUGAACCUUUUCUGCCCAGCGCAAUGGGCUCUCCUGAGAAUGAGGCAAAGAGGAAUUCGAGAAAAGCUUGUUGCGAAGCUUGGGUAAUUUUCCUCAGUUUCGGCCAUCAGUUGCCGGGGAUGAUUAAAGUGCCACUGCGAUGGAAAAUUGUGCUGUCUUUUUAUUGUAUAUUCAGAAAGUGUAUCAGUAGAUAAACAAAAUUACCAAAUAUCAGCGUCCAAUUCCAUUUCCUUCUGCCUUUUUUGUCAACACAAACAUGCAAAUUUUUCGGCCGCCAUUACUGAGCUAUCAAUUAGCGAGGUGUCGAUUAAUAUUAUCAGAGGCUUAUUCUAGGCUGUUUUUUGUUCAAAAUUAUGUCUUCUGACGAAAGCCACAGCUCAAAUUUUGCAACACAAUCAUCUUGCGAACUCUCUUUUGCCGAAGACGUUUCUUGUGAUAGCGGGGGUGAUGUAAAUAUGGAGAAAAGUGUGGAUUUGUGCGAGGCCUAUGAUACUUCAGUCGAAGCUCUUGCCACUGAAGAAACAUAUAAAUACAUGAAGAAUACUAUAACUGAGAGAGAGCAAGAGCAGCAAACACUGUCUGCUAGAUUGUCUGGGGAAACCUCAACUGACACCUGGUACGUUUUGGAUUGUAUCUAUUUACGUUUUGGUUAUAUUUGUGACAUAAAACAAACAUGUGAUGGCCAUGUAAAACAAAACAAAUGGUCACUGGUCUCCUUAUAAAAUAUCAUUGUCACCUCCGUUAUAUUGCACGAAACGUCUGCAAUGAGAGAUGGCUUAAAGAUGACUGUGUUGCCAAAUUGGAAAUCCUACUCACGUAAGAAAACAUAUUAAUUUGCACAAAGUUGUGGGAAAUAUAUUUCAAUUAUAUAUACUUCAAUUUCAAUAGUAUACUUUAAUAUAUUAAUGGUCCAUAGGUGUAAAUGUGGUAACUGUGGCUCAUUGUUGUUUAUGUGAACCUUGUAAGGAAAAAAUGCUGGAAGAAAACAUGCAUGACCGCUGCUUAACUGAGCAUCCAGCAUUUGAUAUUGGGUAUUUGAAACAAUGGGUGUUAAAACUUGCUGGUUUAAGUUACAAAACCUGAAUAAAAGGCUGCCAAAUUAUACCACUCUGUAUACCAAAGGGAAAAAGAGUGAACCAGAGUAAGUAUUUUAAUGUGUAGUUCUAAGCAAUACCCCCCCCCCCUGCUAAUGGAAGAGAUUUAGUUAAUUAUGAACCCCCAUCCCUCUAGAUUUUUCUAACUGUCACUGACAGCUUGUUUCCCCCACCCCUAUGGAAAUUCUGGACAGUUUUUUACUACUAUCAUACUUUCAAGCAUGAUAUCAGUGUUUUAUCGGCAAGAUACAACAUCGUUCACAUAAACAAGACAGAAACCGUAUCUUGGCAUAUGCACGGCAAGGAAUGGGGUACCUUCUUGAACUGCUGGUAUAGCCCCACACAAGCUUCACUACUUGCCGAUAUGCAACUGCCCUAAGAAAUCUUUCAAAAAAAUUAUAUAUUAACAUGACAGCUUUAAAAUUCAGUAAUCCAAAAACUAUCAUGUCAUUUGUGAGCUGUGUUCUGCACAAAAACACCAGGAUUCAUAAUACAAGAUCCUUGUUUGGCUUACUUAUAACUUAGCUAUAGGCCUUUCAAGUUUUCUUGUUUACAUGACGGGAUAUUUCAGUACCUUGCUUAUCUUUACAGAGAUUCAAACAUUACUAAAUUCAGAAUAUGAUACUCAGAUCAUGACAUUGUAUCAGUUUGGCUGCCCCUGGCUGAUGAGAAUUUCUUACCACUCAUCGCCAGAGUAGGGAGUGCUCUUUCUCACCCACCUACCUGGUAAGCAUUAAAGAAAAACAUGCAAAUAUGUCCGGGGCUUGCCUUUUGAGGGAAUGCUUAAUGCCAAAAAUUACUGAUACAUGACUCAGUCAAAUUGCAUAGUUCUAUACCCCCACACCCACCCUGUCACAGAAGAGAUUGGAAAUUCAAGAGGAUGGGGGUGUCAUUGCAUCAAGAUUUUCAGUGUAGUGGGGGUAUACUAAAGUCUUGAUAUUUCCAGAGGGUAUUCAAAUACAACCAAUAUCAAAUGCUGGUCAUGCAUGUUUUCUUCCAGCAUUUUUUCCUUACAAGGUUCACAUAAACAACAAUGAGCCACAGUUACCACAUUUAAGCCCUGGGCAAACUAAGAAACGUUGUGGAAACAUUGCUUCCUAACAAUGUUUCGCCAUGUUUCCCAGAGUGGGUAAACACUAGGAAACAGUGAGAAACAUAGGGAAACAUCAAAUGUUUCUGAAUUUGCUAGGAAACAUUUUUCCUUCUCGGGAAGCAAAUUUUGUUUCCGCAACAAUGUUUCCACAGGUGGGCAAACAGGGAAACAUUUGAGGAUCAAACAUCAAGAAUCACAAAUGUUUCCACAACAAUGUUUCCUAGUUUGCCCAGGGCUUUACACCUAUGGACCAUUAGGCCAAUGAAAAUUGAUAUCAUGUUUCUCCCCCCCACAUGGGUUUUAUCUGCCGCACGAAAAAUUUUCAUUAUUCAUUAUUUUUGAAAAAUAUGCUUAACAAAACACCAAAUUGAUCUCCAGAUCAAAGUCUUAUUGCUGCAUUCCGCAAGCGCAACUCAAAUUGUAUCUUUCUAAAGACAUUACUCGCCAGAAUGCCUCUAUUUUUCAUGUCAGCCCUGGUAUGCGUAGAAAUAUACUGUAGAGUAGGACGUAUUAAAUUAAAAUGAGUUAUACACCGAUUUACUUCAGAUUUUUAUGGGUCAAGGAAAUUAUUGACAAGCAGAAUUCAAAUACAAAAAAUAAUGAAAAAUGAAAAAAUCCCGCUCCAAAUUUUUGAAAAUUGUGGACGAGAAACAUUGAUAUCAAUUUUCAUUGGCCUUAAUAUAAGUAUACUAUUGAAAUUGAAGUAUAUAUAAUUGAAAUGUAUUUCCCACAACUUUGUGCAAAUUAAUAUGUUUUCUUCCGUGAGUAGGAUUCCCAAUUUGGCAACACAAUCAUCUUUAAGCCAUCUCUCAUUGCAGACGUUUUCGUCCAAUAUAACGGAGGUGACAAUGAUAUUUUAUAAGGAGACCAGUGACCAUUUGUUUUGUUUUACAUGGCCAUCACAUGUUUGUUUUAUGUCACAAAUAUAACCAAAACGUAAAUAGAUACAAUCCAAAACGUACCAGGUGUCAGUUGAGGUUUCCCCAGACAAUCUAGCAGACAGUGUUUGCUGCUCUUGCUCUCUCUCAGUUAUAGUACUCUUCAUGUAUUGUUUCUUCAGUGGCAAGAGCUUCGCCUGAAGUAUCAUAGGCCUCGCACAAAUCCACACUUUCCUCCAUAUUUACAUCACCCCCGCUAUCACAAGAAACGUCUUCGGCAAAAGAGAGUUCGCAAGAUGAUUGUGUUGCAAAAUUUGAGCUGUGGCUUUCGUCAGAAGACAUAAUUUUGAACAAAAAACAGCCUAGAAUAAGCCUUUGAUAAUAUUAGUUUCUCCUUCGGGAAAGAAGCGUGUUGAGUAAAUGACGUCGCAUCCGGCUAAGAAAUCCACACCUCGCUAAUUGAUAACUCCGUAAUGACGGCCGAAAAAUUUGCAUGUUUGCGUUGAAAAAAAAAAGCAGAAGGAAAUGGAAUUGGACGCUGAUAUUUAGUAAUUUUGUUUAUCUACUGAUAUACUUUCUGAAUAUACAAUAAAAAGACAGCACAAUUUUCCAUCGCAGUGGCACUUUAAUGAACUUAAGGUUGAUUUACAUAAACUUUAACAGAUCUAGUCUUUCUAGAAUCAAUCCGAAUGGAGUGGAUACUGGAUAUGGUUCUCAUGUGUCGUUGUUUGUUCACAUGAUGCAGUCAGACUGGGAUGAUACUCUAGAGUGGCCAUUUUCCGGGAGGAUUUCCUUGUCCAUUCUUGAUCAAAGUGAUGAUGGUGAAUACAAACGUCAUAUCAGUGAAACCUUGGUAACCAGGCCUAAUCUUUUGGCAUUUCAGCGACCUACAACACCCCGGAAUCACAAAGGUUACGGAUAUGUAGAAUUCGCGCACAUUGAAACCUUGCAAGAUCGACAGUACCUGAAAAACGACUGUCUGCUUGUUCGUGUUCAAGUUUUUCAGUAAAUAUAGACCUUUCUUUUAAGUAUGGCGUCAGCGUGCUUGUGACGUCAAACGCGGAUAAACACUUCGGCUUUGAUUUUCUUGUUUGUUUUGUUUUGAAAGGUUUUUCUUUUUCUUUGUUUUGUUUUGAAAGGUUUUCAAUUAGUAGUAAGACGUGAUGUUCUCAAUGCAUGUUGAUAAAAUUUAGUAUAUAUUUCCCUCUUGAACGUUAUCAUUGUGACUGCUAAACAAAGCAGUAUGGCUACGGAUACGAAGACGAGAGAUUGUCUCAUUAUUUUAUUUUCGAUUUUAAGUCCGUGUUUUGCGGAUUUUUAAACUAUUUUUUGUGUUAUUAAAAUUCAACAGUCAUACAUAAGACAUACCAUACUGCAAAUCCUCUGAAAAUUGUAAUAAAUUGGCUUCUAAGAAGAAAAUAGUCGUCACAAACUUCGUAUUAUGGCUGGCUUAUUUUCUUUUCAGAUGGCACUUCAGGUUUGAACUUGAACACAGAUUUGUUUAAUUAACAUCACUGAUUUGAGAAUACGACGAGCAUCGGCCAUAAAUAUGUUGACUUUUCUAUAAUAAAUGUUGCAUGAACAACUACCAAAAUACAAAGAAAACUUUUGCUGUAUAGUCCAGAGCCAGAGAACUGAAGUUUAAAUCAACAGACAAUAUGGUCAUUUUUUCUACAAGAUCUAUAAUGGAGUGAUUGAAUUUUACAAUAUAGGCCUGUUUUAUACGUCAAAUUUCGGUCGCGUCGAAUGCAAUUCAAACAAUAGAUAAUGAAGCUUAAUGAGGUAUAUCAUCUCAUUAUCUAUUGUCUUAAUUGCAUUCGACGCGACCAAAAUUCGACGUAUAAAACGGGCCUAAGAUUAAAAUAAGAUUGAAUAAUAAAGUAAUAGUAAAAUGUUAUUACAACAUAAAUAUGAAUGUGAACAAAUGUUUUUUUAUAAUGUGGUGUUUAGCUAGAGGUUUGAUAUAGAGGUUUGAUAUAGAGGUUUGAUAUAGAGGUUUGAUUGUGGGAUUUUCCUGGAGAAAUAACUUUCAGAACAAAACAAACAAGAAAAACGAAGCCGAAGUGUUUAUCCGCGUUUGACGUCACAAAAUGCACGCUGACGCCAUAAAGAAAGGUCUAUUACAUCGUAAUACAUGUUAUUUAGCUGUAGGGACAGUUUCCUGUUGAUUUUUGGUAUGCACUUCAUGAAUAAACAAUGCAACAUAUUGGAAUACAAGAGAUUUUGAAAAGCCGAAGAUCUGUUGACUCCUUUUGGUUAUCAUUGACAUUUUAUUAAGACAUUUAAACAUGUUUAACAAGGUAAGUCGCAGGAGAAAUUAAAGGGCUAAUUCUUCCGAACUCAGUCAUGACGGCGAAGAGAUUGCGACGCAAAUGAAACACAUACCUGAUAUUAACGAUGAUAUUGGUGUGAGAAUAAUGAAGAAUUAAAAUAAAAGUUCUGUGGUUUAAGAAAGAUGAUAUUGGCAAAAUACAAUACUCGCUUGCAAAUCUCCCACCACAAUGAACAAUCAAUUUCAUCACUGAUUUCAAUCUCAGAAGCAAAUCAGAAAUUGAAAACAUUUAAGGUUUUAUCAACAAAUAAGAACAGAAAUGGUCAGAAAUUUGUAUCCACGUGCAAUAGUAUAUACCAUCUUUGCAACACAAUGGCAUCCAGAAAAGAACUCGUUUGUGUGGACGACGUCGUGUAUAAAAUCGGCGUCUGGUGGAAUUGAUGAUGGCAACAUUAAUACAUUUAUUAAAGAUAUAAAAUUUUGCGCUUAAGAUUUCCAUAAAAUUAGAAAGAAUUGUCCCGGAAGAAAGUACUUGAAAUAUACUUCAUCCAAAGUUCUUUCAAGUUGAUUCGGAAGAGACGGAAAUUGAUGAAAGUGAAUUUGAUGGAAAUGAAACUCGAAUUAAUAGAAAGUGAAAUAUUCAACCACAUUUUCAUGAUCACAUGAAAACAACGCAGAAAAUGAAGACUCGGAUUUACGAAUCAUGUCACCAUAUCUCCACAAGCAAUGGCGGAUCCAGUGCAAGCAAAAACACUUAAUAUUUAAUAUUUUGAUAAAAUUUCAGAUUUUGAUCUCAACAGUGAUGUUAUUGUUCUGUAUUCUUGAAAACAGUGUAAAAAUGUUUUGUUUCGGAAACAUGCAGUUUAUGAUCAGCAAUUUUCUAAUAUAGUUUUACCUUUAAAGAAAGGUGCAAAAUGUAUCUGAUGUUAUGUCAUGGUCAGGCAAUUUGUUUAUUUGGAUUAUUUAGGUUGUUCUAUAAGAGUUUUUAUAAAGUAUUUUAUAAUUCGAAAAAUUAAGCUUCAUCGACUUUUUGGCGAUCAAAGUUGGCGGUUUUGCCAAAGAUCUAUUUCCAAAUUAUUUAUAUAGUUUAGUAUAUAGUUUACUGAAUUGUUCAUGAAUCAGAAAUAUAAAGAUGUGUCAUAUUUUAACAAAUGUAGUUUAACAGGGGUAGCCCAGUAAAAGGAUAAACACAAUAUAAUGACAGAUCUAGACAUCUUGCUUGGUUGUUUAACAUUUUGCAAGCAGGCAAGGCGUGGUCGCGAAUUUAUUCAAGGAAUCAACUUUUUCAUGUGUAUCUAUAGAGAGACUAGCACCUGAGAAGCAUCGUGUUUGACGUUCGUGUACACCAUAAAAUUAGUUUUUCGCCCAAUAUCCUCGUCAAUUGAAUAACAGAGGCUUAAGGAUAUGGUUGCCAAAAAUCCAAUCGCAAUACCGAAGAAAUUCCAAAAACAAUUUAUACUGGAUUUUAAAACGAAACUUUAAUAAAUCGCGUGUAUCUAUGUUUGAUGUGUUCCCGAAAUGACGUCACGCUAGCGGUGAAAGGCAUUCUCGCCCCAGUUCUUUUAUGCUUACACGGUAACGCGAAAAAUUGCCAACUUUGAGCACGAAAAAAAAUUUAACAAAAAAUAUGAUCCUCGAAUUACAAAACUCUUAGAAUAACCUAAAUAAUCAAAUUUCAGAAUUCCCUGACUAUGACAUGGGCACUUCAAAAUUGCUUAUAAAACUCAGUAAUUCAUGAAGAAAAUUCAAAAGAAAUGAAUGUUUAAUCAAUGUUUGUAAACGUAGUUUGUCGGAUGAUUAACUAAUCACGUAGUUAACUUGCGUGGGGCGUUUUAAACACAAAAUUACAUAAAGUAAGCAGUGAUUAACGACCGCUGACAAGCAUUGUGGACUCACAUUUUGCAAAUAGGCGGGAAUUUUAUUCAAAACAGUGAAAAAUACACUAGAAAACAAGGAAAAACUCGACGAAGAAGGCCAUUUUUUUGAGAUGUCUACAUUAAACCAUAGACAAUCCAGAAGACAGGGACUGGAAACGCUGUGGCAAAAGCAAUGAUGCUGGCGCGACAUCCGUGAUGCGGCUAAACCACGUAGCAAUUAUCCGUUGCCCCGGCAACCCGCCGUAAUCUGAACCAAAAAAACAUAAAUGUUGUUUUAUAUUUUUGCAUGUUUUUGCUGUUUUGUAUUUUUCAAAUUUUGAUUUUUUUAUAUCAGUGUAAAAAGAAAAUAUACGUCAAGGUAUGUAUGAUUUAAUUUGUUAUUUUGACAAUGAAUAGUAAUCAAAUUUUAAGUUUUGCCAGAGCCUUUACAUCAAAAUGGCGCACGAAAAAAUAUCUGCACGAGAGUACAUAUCUUUCGAACCCUGGAACUAACUUGAUGAUAAAGCUAUCACUUGUCUGCUACAUCAUACAUUUAUCAUCUUAAAUGCACUGUGAGAACAGGUGGGCAAUUUGUCUGAGCAUGUGCGAAGAAAAUCAAUAUGGCGACAUAUAUUAGGAGUGUUUCGUGAAUUUAUCUGGUUUUAAAGCUGAUAAAACAACAUUUUAAUGAACGAAAACUUUGUAAUAUUUAGUGGAAAACAUUAAGCUAUGCAUUACAAAGGUUUUAAAUUGAAAAUAAGUACUUUUGCUUUAUUUUAUUGCUUUUUAUGCUUUGAAAACAGGCAAGCUCAUUUUUUGGCAAAAAUCUAAUCUAAUAUUUUACCCAUCAUUUGUUUAAUCUGAACAGAAAUAGAUAGAACACUUGGCUAUAUAAGUUACAAAGGUAUUGUUAGCUUAUCUGAAAGAUUUCAGUAUUCCUGGUACACAUUUUAACAAAGAAUGGAAUGGAAUUUCAAAAAUUAAAUAUGCAUAUCACAAACAAUAGUUUUUAUUAGAACAGCACAUAAUAAGUUGUUAUUUUCUAUUUUUACAAAAACAAGUUUGGAAACAGGAUUUAGUCCUCCAGCUUGAUGUCAUAUUCCAUUUAUUUGGAUAAGUCAUGUGAAGUAAUAAUUUAAUCUUGUGCAAAAUUUGAUACCAACACACAUGUGAACAGAUACUAUCACCUAAAAAUAAAAGAAAACAGAACUUAAAUUUAUCAUCUAAUACUAUGAAAAAAAUCUUAGAUUCUACAGGCAUAUAGUGAGCACAAUUCUUUAACAAACUCACUAAAAUAAGUUAAGUUAUACUAUGAUAAGAGGAUGGCAAUAGAUAACAUCAAAUGUUGUCAUUUUCAGUGUCCAAAAAAAGUGCCGCGCGCAUUUUUCAUGGUCGCAUAACUGGUAUUUCCACAAACCCAGGUGAAAAAGAAAUUAGAAAAACCUGGUUUUGGGUGAUGAGCAUAGUCAAAUUCUUGACUUAUUCAAUUUUCUAUGUUUUUCCAGGUAAACAGAUUAAACAUUGAAAUAAGCCACAUUCGGGACUUCAUAGAAUCCAAGCUAUUGUGUAUGGACCAGACUUUUUUCAAUUUUCUGUGAUUUACAUAACACUAGUUAUAAUUUAAGGGUCAACCAGUAUUGUUCAAGACAUAUUAUCUUUCCAAAACACCUUUUCAAAAUACUAACCCAAGCAUAUAAAAAAUAGUGUACAUUUACAAGGGCAAUUUCAACCCUCUGGCACAUUUUUCCCAUGAAUGAUUUCAAUUCUAAUAGAAAGACUAUAGAUAAAACUUUGAUUUAAAAGCUAGUUUCCAGUGAUGAGCAUACCCUAAUUUUUAAGCUGUACCUCAAAGAUGAUGGGCCAUUUCAACAUAAACAUUGAAAUAUGGGUAUACUGACAGCUCUGUCACACGUGUAGUUUGACAUUAGCAGCCCUUUUGAAACAUUUUAAUGAAAGUAUAAUUCACAAAAUUCACAUUUUCACUUCUUAACAUCUGUUUUAAUCCAACUAGCUCUGUAGGCACGAGUGAAAUUUAGUGUUGAUGUAAAUAUCCAUUUCAUGUUCCCCCGGUGAAAAUAUAGUCUAUUCCAACGCUGAUUUCGACGUACUUUAGCUUUUCAGAAACCGUUGGCCUUCCUCAGUGAGAUUAUCAACUGUUUCACAAACUUUUUUUAAUAGUAAACAGCUAAAAUAUUCUCUGAAAGUCUGUAUUUUUGCUCUUCGACGCGAAAAUGGCAACUCAAGAAGAAAUGAGCCGCUAUUUUUGGUCAGCGUCGACAAAUUGCCCACCUGUUCACUGUGAGUGCAUUUAGAGGAUCAAAAAAGCUCUGCGAUUCGCCAAUUUGGUAAAAACGAGCCUUUUUCACGCUGCUACUUUUGCGCCAACUAGAAGAUGGCCAUUUCUGUUGCCCCCAAUUCGAACCCUGUAACUAUAGUUUAAAUAAAGUUAAGGGUUUGUAAUUUACAUAUUUUGAACAAAAAUAGAUCUGUGGAUGCACUUAUCCGGUUUUUAAACUUAUAUUGGGUCAAACUAAGCCAAAAACGUCCUUUCAAUGCUUGCGUAAUGUUUUUGACUGUAAAAAAAGUCGCCAUUGUUGUUGUCAAAGUUUGUACUCACUUCGAACCCUGUAACUAUAGUUUAAAUAAAGUUCAGGGUUUGUAAUUUACAUAUUUUGAACAAAAAUAGACAUGUGGAUGCACUUAUCCAGCUUUUAAACUUAUAUUGGGUCAAACAAAGCCAAAAACGUCCUUUAAAUGCUUGCGUAAUAUUUUUGACUGUAAAAAAGUCGCCAUUGGCCGGCAUUCUUGUCGGCAUUAUUGAAAGUUCAGAGUAUUACUGUACUUUUGAACAAAAGACUGAAAAGCUAUCGAAAAGGUAACUUCAACAAUUUAUAACGUAAAUGCAGUCGAGCAUAACUGAAGAAAUAUACGUAAACUUAAUUAAAGAAAACUAAAAUACGCAAACAAACGUGAAUCGUGCCUGCAGAAAGUCCACCCCAAAUUGGAAAUCAAAAUUUUCGAACAAGCUCGAAAAUUCUUUGCACUCGUCUCUGGAUAAGCAGAUCCGUUUUAUAAACUUGUGAUAUACCUCAGUACCUCCCUUUUCGGUGUAGACUAUUUAAACAAUCUUCCAGUAUAAAGAGCUGUUUAAAAACAGCGGACAAUACAUCAAUAUUUAUACAGUAAUCGUUUAUUCGUUUUGGAAGCAAGCGCAUCACGGAUGGCACGCGCAAACUGACAUUAGGCGUUUCCAGUCCCUGUCUUCUGGAUUGUCUAUGGUUAAACCAAAGUGUAACUGUUUGGCAAUUAUAUAUAUUCAUGUUUGUUCGUGUAAUGGGCCCUACGUCGUCUUCGAAAAAUCUUCCCGUGCAAAAGUAUAUUUUAUUUUCGCCGAAAAACCAAAGCGAUAGCGUUUGAAGAGUUUAUAUUGUCAGAAAACAUUCACAGGGAAGAUAGCGAUUGAAAAUCCCAAGUAAGCAUUACUUUGCAUUGUUGUUUUACUGAAAAAUGUUGUUCCCUCCUAUACAAUCGCCAUUUUUAACUACGUUUUGAGAAGUUAACGAUACCCUAAAGCAUCGUUAACUUUAACUACGUUUUAACUACAGAGUACAGUUAACGCUAACUACUUUUUUUAUACAACCGAGUUAACUACGUGAUUAAAGUUAACCACUAUUUAACUACAAAAUAGUGAUUAAAACAGUGAUUAAGAGUUUUAUACAACCGGCCCCUGUUAUAUAUCUAUCUAUAUUAUUAUCUGUUAGACUUUUAGCUACAGUAUUUAUCUAUUGCAUAUCAUUGUCCCGCACCUAUUGUUUAACAUGCUUUUAUAUAUUAAUUAAUUAUAACACAACAUCGCGUUCUUCGAUAUAUAAAGAAUAUAAAAUUUAAAACUGCUUAUUUAAGGGCCUGUUCAUAUGGGGAAAAGUUAUCCCGGUUAGCGAGAAAACAUUUCGACAAGUCUAAAAGCGAGAUCUCGCCUUGUUGUGAAAAUAAUAUGAAAAGUUACACUGCGUUCAUAUGAGACGAAACGUUUUCCCGUGUACCGAGAUCUCGCUUGUUGACAGGCGAGAUUUCGGUGACCGGGAUAAUGUUUUUCCCAUAUGAACACAACAUAGCCACAACUUUCCCGCUUAGUGGGAAACCUUUUUGUCGUGUCAGCAACUUUUCUGUUUUUAACUUUUCCCGCCUUGCGCGUCACACCAGUGCUACGUCACAGCCAAAAACUUUACCCGGUAAGCAGGAUAACGUUACUGCAUAUGAACAGAAUAAAAUUAUUUGACUAGUGGAAUUGUUUUUUCGCAAACCGGGAUAACUUUUCCCCAUAUGAACAGGUCGUAAGUCUGUACUUUUUGAGGACACCAAAAGUAGUUUUGAGGACUCAAAAAUAUCUAUUGUGUACUUUUAAUUUGGCAAUAAAAUAUAAUCUUGUAUCGGCAAUAAAAUAUAAUCUUGUGUCUUAUUAAUUACUUCUAUUUGGUCUAUUUAUUACUUCUAUUUAGCAAAAUCAUGUGUUUUACAAGUGUCAUAAGAAAUUUCCUUUUACAGACCGGACGCGAUUCGGCAACGCGACGCGAA